AUGCACUGCGCCCUGCCGGCUGUGCUGACCGGUGAGGACGUAGUGCUAGGCGCCGAGACCGGCAGCGGGAAGACGCUGGCCUACCUCCUGCCGGUCAUUCACGCCCUGAGCCAGCAGCCUCCACCAAGGAUUGAGGCGUCGAACAAGUACCCCUCGGCCAUCGUGCUGCUGCCGAACAAGGAGCUGUGCGAACAGGUUCUUUCGGUUUGUAAGAAGGUGGUGCCUCCGAUCCUCACCGUCAAGGCUAUCAACGGGACCGAACUUCCUGCCAAGCGGCCCGACAUCCUGCUCACCACCCCGAACGGUCUGGCGAAGAGCCUUAACGAUGACAUGCUGCACUGGGUGCGCCACAUUAUCGUAGAUGAGGCUGACCUCAUGCUCUCCCCUGUUUACCACGACCAGAUCUUGGACUUCUUCAAGCGCGAAACGAGGCGAGAGCGGAAGGGCAAGGGCAAAGUCGCGACUUCUGCCAGUGCGGAGCUCGCUGACGAGCUCUACGGCGACAAAAACGUCUCCAUCGUACGAAAGAGGAAGGUGCAAUUCAUCUUCGUCGCAGCCACCAUACCCCUCCAGGACAAGAGCAAGUCGCUGUCCAUUUACCUGCAGAAGCAUUUUAAGCACGUGCGCCAGGUUUACACGCACCACUUCCACCGCAGCCUGCCCAACGUCGCCCUCAGCUUCCUGCCGCUCCCCGAGGAGGUGGAGGAUCGCGUGCAGACCCUGGUGGACCUCCUCCGAUCCAAGAGUGGUCUGCGCGUGGGAGAGCCCCACCUCUCAUCCCACGCCGAGCUCCCGCAUCAUCAGCAGCAGCCGAGACAAGACGACGACGCCACGCCUCGACAAGCACAAGCGGGCGAACGUCAGGCGAAGGAAAGCGACGACGAGCGCCUGGUGGCGGCGGAGGUGGCGGACAAUGGAGAGAGGAACCGCGAGAUGGCCAAGCCGAGGCCUACCCUCAUCUUCGUCAACUCGACGCUGGCCGUUGACGAUCUGCACGAGGAGCUGGUGCGAAGAGGCGUCACGAGCAUCGUUCCCUUCCACAGGGAGAUGCCGCAGGGAGAGGCUGACAGGAAUCUGAGAGAUUUUCUGGCAGGCAAGGUGGACGUGAUGGUGUCCACCAAUCUGGCCUCGCGCGGCAUCGACUUCGUCGACGUGGAGCACGUCGUGCAGUUCCACUUUGCGCAGAGCCUGGUCGACCACAUUCACCGUGUCGGCAGGACCGGACGAGGCGGAAGGAGUGGCGAAGUGACGUGCUUCUAUCGAGAGGCCGAUAUGUCAAUGGUCGAAGCCAUUCGCCAAGCCGAGGAGCAGAACGUGCAGAUGGCCAUCCAGUACAAGCCCACGCCUGAAAAGUACAAACUGCACAAGCGACGCGUGCGUUCGCCACCAGCAGCAACGGCCAACGCAUAA